UCGCCGGCCCGGCUAUCCUUCUCCGGUCGGUGUAACUGCGCUUUUGGCCCGGCUGUGCCCGGGCGAGGAGCGCGGUCGUUGUCUACUCGCUGGCUGGCGCGGUUAUUGGGCUUGUUGCUUGAACUGACCGCCCUCACCUCCCUCCCGUCGUCUCCUCCGGCCCUACGCCUUAAGGGCGCCUCGGAGCGGUAGCGGCGGCCCCCGGGACUCGGCCUGGGACUGCUAGGGGCCCAUCCCCGCUCCGGGCUCGGAUGGGAGGCGGCGGGAGGAGCGGCCUGGGAUGUUCAGUCUGAUGGCCAAUUGCUGCAGCUGGUUCAAGCGGUGGCGGGAGCCCGUCAGAAAGGUGACUCUUGUGAUGGUGGGACUUGAUAAUGCUGGUAAAACGGCAACAGCAAAGGGAAUCCAAGGAGAGUAUCCUGAGGAUGUAGCUCCUACUGUUGGAUUUUCCAAAAUUGAUCUUAGACAAGGAAAGUUUGAAGUCACCAUCUUUGACCUGGGAGGUGGAAAAAGAAUUCGGGGAAUCUGGAAGAAUUACUAUGCUGAGUCCUAUGGGGUAAUAUUUGUUGUGGAUUCCAGUGAUGAAGAGAGAAUGGAAGAGACAAAAGAGACAAUGUCAGAAGUGCUAAGACAUCCUAGGAUAUCGGGAAAGCCUAUAUUGGUGUUGGCAAAUAAACAAGAUAAGGAAGGGGCUUUAGGAGAAGCUGAUGUGAUUGAAUGUCUGUCUCUGGAAAAACUGGUCAAUGAGCACAAGUGCCUAUGUCAAAUAGAACCUUGUUCAGCAGUCUUGGGAUAUGGAAAGAAAAUUGACAAGUCCAUUAAAAAGGGCCUUUAUUGGCUGCUGCAUAUCAUUGCAAGAGACUUUGAUGCCUUAACUGAACGCAUCCAAAGAGACACAACAGAACAACGAGCUCUUGAGGAACAAGAGAAACGAGAAAGGGCUGAACGAGUACGAAAAUUACGGGAAGAAAGAGAGCAAAGAGAGCGAGAGCAGGCCGAAUUCGAUGGCACCAGUGGUCUGGCUGAGUUGGACCCAGAACCGGUUACUGUUAAUCCUUUCCAGCCAAUAGCAUCUGUAAUCAUUGAGAAUGAAAAAAAACUUGAAAGAGAGAAAAAGAGGCAAAAUAUGGAGAAAGACAGUGAUGGCUGUGCUCUGAAACACAAAAUGGAGCAUGAGCAAGAAGAGACACAGAGCCAGAUCAGUGACAGUAGCCAAAAAAACAAUGAGUUUGGAAUAGUAGAAAAUUAUAAGGAGACAUUAACACAGCAGUUGGAGAAUGAAGAUGAGACAGAUCAGCGAUCAUCAGAAUCAGAUAACAGUAGAAAGAAAACUAAGAAACUAAGAAUGAAGAGGAGCCACCGUGUAGAACCUGUUAAUACAGAUGACUCUGCUCCUAAGAGCCCAACACCACCCCCACCUCCUCCUCCUGUUGGCUGGGGAACCCCCAAAGUCACUAGACUUCCAAAACUUGAGCCUCUUGGUGAAACACGUCAUAAUGAUUUCUAUGGAAAGCCACUCCCUCCCCUGGUUGUGCGACAGAGACCUAACAGUGAUGCUCACGACAUCAUCUCGUAACCAGGUCAUACGGUCGCACUCUCUUAAUAUUGGCCGCCUGAACUGGAGGACCUUCUUUCUCCAAGGAGAAAAUCCCUGAACAUUGAUGACUGGGGCAGGACACCCUUAGCAGUUUCAGUGAGCCAAAGACCUGACUGAUCUGAUAAUUACUUUUCCAUGUUCUUCAUACUUUUUUUUGUUUGUUUUGUUUUUGUUUUGUUUUUUAAAGGGGAAGCAAAAUGAGCAGCAAAUGGGGCGAGCAAGAGUUGGUAAUGACUCUGGUUUAUACAUCCCACUCAUGGGCAUAUUCCUGAAGGGAAACCUCUUCAGAAAAAGAGCCAGUGGGCUCUAUACCCUUUCUUUACUCUUUAUUUAAUUGUCUUUAUUUCUCCAUCUUUAACAUUUGUAAGACAUGUACAUGGAAAGGGAACUCUUGGGAAUUUAUAAGCUAAAUUUUUAACUUUUUAUAUUUUUCUAAAACUUUUAAGGAUUUUAAUUACUAUGACAUUGUGCACUUUUCUACAGAUGCUAUGUUUAAAUUGUGUUUGGAAAAUGGAGUUGAUUUACUUGACAAACACGAAACUAUACAAACAGGAUAUAUUUAUAUGGUUUGAGGUAUGUUUUUGAAGUAUACAUCCUAAUUUGACCUAAUUUUAAAAUAUCUUUUAAAAUUAGAUUCUCAUAUUUUUAUUCUACCAAAUUGUUAUUUGACAGCACUAAUUAAUUAAUUUUUGCUGUUAUUUGUUUUCUUUGGUAAUGCUCCCAAUAAAUGAAAGAGACUUGCAAAAUACCUUUUGACUUAAAUGCUUUUUAAGUUAAUAAAAAUGUUUUAUGAAAUAUCAUUAAAAGCCCCAAUAAAACACCUCUUUCAAAGGUUAGACCUUUUCAGAGAUCAAGGUGCUACUUGUCACUCCCUUGUUCUAUCAGAAGCUGCAGUGACUCUUUAAGGUUAUUCUAAUUCUUUUGUGCCUUGAAAUUCAAGGCAAAAAGACCAGAAAAGCUACUGUAGCCCAGAAAUUUGUAUUUUUUAACUGGGAAAUGCUUAGAUA